GUCGUGUAAAGAAGAGGAAGACUUUAUUUACAAGUGAGGAGAGAGGACUGGUCACUGCUAGAGAGAGGGUGUCUGUUCUUUUGAUGGCUGACUGAGAGGAGAUUUAACAUCAUGGAGUCUGUCAUUGACUUCCUAAAUAUAUUCAACAUUAAGGCCAGUGGAUCAUCUGUGACCCUCAGCCUCUUCCUCAUCUUUCUGGGUCUUCUCUACUGGUACUCUAUUUACCCGUUCUCCUUCCUGUCUCGAUACGGCAUCAAACAUCCAAAGACCGUGCCUUUCUAUGGCAACCUUUUCCUGUUUCGAGAGGGGUUUUUCCAGCCUAUGAGUGAUCUCAUAAAGACACAUGGAAGAGUCUGUGGGUAUUAUUUGGGCCGUAGACCGGUGGUGGUGGUGGCGGAUCCUGACAUGCUCCGGCAGGUGAUGGUCAGACAGUUCAGCAGCUUUCCAAACAGAAUGGCUUUUCGCUUUGCCACCAAACCCAUGUCUGACUGUCUGCUCCUGCUGAGGAACGAGCGCUGGAAGAGAGUUCGGAGCAUCCUGACCCCGUCGUUCAGCGCUGCCAAGAUGAAAGAGAUGGUCCCGCUGAUCAACACAGCCAUCGACGCCCUGAUGAACAACCUGAAUGCCCACGCCGAGUCAGGAGAGGCCUUUGACAUCCACAAGUGUUUUGGCUGCUUCACCAUGGACGUCAUUGCCAGUGUGGCGUUCGCUACUCAGGUGGACUCUCAGAACAACCCAGAUGACCCGUUUGUCAGCCACGCCCAGAUGUUCUUCACCUUUUCUUUCUUUCGGCCCAUUAUGAUGUUUUUCAUUGCUUUUCCAUUCAUCGCAGCUCCUCUGGCGGGAGUCAUUCCCAACAAACGACGGGACAAAAUGAAUCAUUUCUUCAUCAACAGCAUCCAGAAAAUCAUCAAACAGAGAGAGGAGCAGCCGCCUGAACAGAGGCGCCGGGACUUCCUCCAGCUGAUGUUGGACGCUCGAACCAGCACAGAGAGUGUUUCUCUGGAACAGUUCGACACGGGGAACCACAGCGAUGAGCUCGACCACAGAAACCAGCAGACGCCAUCGUCAGCCUCCGAUCAGGAUGACCGCGCCGGCGCCCAGGAGUCCCCGAAUAGACGCCCACAGAGGAAGAUGAUCACGGAGGAUGAGAUCGUGGGUCAGGCUCUGAUCUUCCUCCUCGCAGGAUACGAAACGAGCAGCAACACGCUGGCCUUCACCUGCUACCUCCUCGCCCUCCACCCCGAAUGCCAACAGAAGGUCCAGGAGGAGGUUGACGAGUUCUUCACCAGACAUGAGUCUCCAGAUUACUCAAAUGUCCAGGAGCUGAAGUAUUUAGACAUGGUUGUCAGUGAAUCUCUGCGCCUCUACCCUCCUGGAUUCAGGUUUGCGAGAGAAAUCGAACAUGACAUUGAGGUGAACGGUCAGUUCCUCCCUAAAGGAGUCACUCUGGAGAUCCCUGCUGGCUUCCUCCAUCAUGACCCGGAGUACUGGCCGGAGCCGGAGAAGUUUAUCCCUGAGCGGUUCACACCGGAGGCUAAGGCCAGCCGACAUCCGUUCGUCUACCUCCCGUUCGGGGCCGGUCCUCGUAACUGUGUGGGGAUGCGGCUUGCCCAGCUGGAGAUCAGGAUGGCUCUGGUGCGUCUGAUCCACAGAUUCAGCAUUGAGGCCUGCUCAGAGACUAAGGUUCCUCUGGAGCUGAAGUCGUCGAGCACUCUGGGACCUAAAAACGGUAUUUUUAUCAAACUUAAAAGACGAGGCGUAGGAAACGGUGACUUAAACUCUCCAUCAGAAAAUUAAACAUUCAUUUACUGUGAAA